GUCGCGGAAAAUACGUUCUUAUACAUCGUAGUUCAUACUAAUCAGCUGGCAUUGACAUUCAAAACACACAAACACGAAAAUAGACCUUAUGUCGUUGAGUUAAGAAUUAGUAUCAUCUUAAUAAUACUGUUUGUGAUCAUAAAUACAGAUAGAAGCAUGUGGAACGCACGUGUCGUUGUUUUUGUUUUAAUUUUAAUUGUGAAUUGUGUGAAUUGUAAGCGAUUUGAAACGAGAUGCAAGUUAGUGAGGGAAUUGUUGAAAAUUGGAAUGCCGAAUGAUAUGUUCUUGGGACAAUGGGUGUGUCUAAUAGAAAAAUCGAGUAAUCGAGAAACAAGAACAUUCACAGUUAAACCAAGUGGAAAGAGGUUCUAUGGUAUAUAUCAGAUUCCUCAGCAAUGGUGCAGAGAAAACAAACGCGGUGGAGGAUGCAACAUAGCAUGCGAAGAUCUACUAGAUGAUGACAUCAGGGACGAUACAGCGUGUGCAGUACAAAUUGCAAAACUGGAAGGUUUUAAGUACUGGCCGCAAUGGACUGCUAGAUGCAAAAACGAUUACUUUAUCACCAAUGAAAUUUACAAAUGCCCAGACUUAAUCCGGAUGAGUACCAAACGGAAAAUGAUUUCAUCAGAAACAGCCAGCCUCCCGAGAUACAAAAGGAGUUUUCAUUCUCGACGAAAGAGGUUUGUCUACAGACAGAUUUACAAAGUCAACGCGCUAGCAGUCUAGACUUAUAAAUUAAAUUGAAGCAUUCGAAACAAA